UUGGAAGUCUUAAGCGUGCUAUGAGGGGUUUGCUCCCUCUGAAACACUGGCAGGCGAUUUGCUUCGUUUUCCGUUUUAUUCAACAAUGUUUUUCCCGAGAGAUAUUACUUUGAAGAAUUGAAGGAAACAGCACAGCGCGCCUUGUAAGUGGAUUACUUCCUAUCUAAAUAGAAACGUUUAAAAUGGAUUUGUGUGCACCGUGUCCGGUACGAGUGUCGUUAAUUUGCGCUAAACGGUGAUUACCGAUCUGUCUGAACUGAGUGCGAGAGUUCAACUUAUUCUGAUGGUAUUCUGGCACAUCUCUCGCCCUUGCUCAAUGAAUUAACUAAGAUGCUGAGCACUCGGGACAAAAGCUCGGGGGUGCAGCUUUUAAAAGUUGUGGUCCUAAGGCUCAUACCCUAAAAUGAGGUUCAACUGCCGCCACAAAUAACUUUGCGAGAAUGGAGAUGAUGGAAAAUGAAGAUGUGGCGUCAUUGAUUAGAACAAAUCGCACCACCGCCACGAACACCUCCGUGGACUUCUCCGGAUCCUUCAAUGAGAUGCUUGUCACUUCUCUCCUAGGGACUAUCUUAAUCGCAAUGUGUCUUGUCGGCGUGACCGGCAACGUCUACACGCUGGUGGUGAUGAACAUCUCGAUGAGGGUGACGGGUUCAAUGUACGUUUAUAUUGUGAACUUAGCACUUGCGGACCUGUUAUAUCUCUCCACCAUCCCCUUUGUUGUAUGCACCUACUUUGUAAAGGACUGGUACUUCGGGGACAUUGGCUGUAGGAUUCUGUUCAGUUUGGACCUGCUCACCAUGCAAGCCAGCAUCUUCAUUUUGACAGUCAUGAGCACCGAGAGAUACUUCGCAGUGGUGAAACCUCUGGACACAUUCGGGAGGUCCAGGAAAUACAGGAAGACCGUCACCUGCGUGGUCUGGCUGCUGUCCUUUCUGCUUGCCUUGCCGACCAUGAUUAUGAUCGAUCUCAGAACUAGUCACCAAAACGGCGAAGUGAAACGCAUGUGUCACCCGACCUGGCAGAUGGAGGCGUACAAGGUGUACCUCACCGUGCUUUUCAACACCUGCAUUUUAGCGCCAGGUUUCGUCAUCGGUUACCUAUACGUGCGGUUAGCCAGGACUUACUGGAUUUCACAGACCAGGGUGCUCACCACGCAGGACGUGAAUCGCUGUCCAAAGCAGAAGGUCCUCUACAUGAUCCUCAGCAUCGUCCUGGUCUACUGUGCGUGCUUCAUACCGUUCUGGUUGUGGCAGCUGCUGUACAUUUACUACUACCGGAGAGGGAACCUGUCACCAAAGACCGUUUUUUACAUUAAUUUCGUUGUAACGUGCUUGGCUUACAGCAACAGCUGCAUCAACCCCUUCUUGUACACCCUGCUUACAAAGAAUUACAAGGAGUACCUAAAAAACAGACCCCGUGGCAGCGGGGGCUUCAAAGGGAAGUCCAACAGACACUCCUCCCGAAGAUCCGUGUCUUCUGGGGGUCCACAGUACACAGAGACUAUGACUGUGCUGAACCCCAAGGGGGUCACCGGAGAGCCAUGUCCCGUCUGAAAACCGUGAGAUGAUAAAAUGGUUAAGAAAAUGUACGGAUGGAGGAGUCCUGUUCUAUGGAGACCUAGUCUGAGUUAAGAAUUGUGUGUGGACCUCAGCUUCUCCAUACUCACAAUACGGAACUGCUUCCCAUAUAACGCUUGGACUUCCAUUAUGGCAAUGGGUGCAAACAUUUGACCCUGUUCAGCAUUGAAUUUCGGAAACGUUUACAGGACUUGAAUCAGCCACGCAGUUUUGCACGUCAUUCAUUCAUUUUUUUUUUUUUUUUUUUGUAAAUAGUCAAACCUUGUCUCAAAACGUUCAAAAACUGAACUGCGGAUUGAAAACACGAGACGAGCCGACGUGUGUGGAAAACCGAGUAGAGUCCGCCAUCUAGAGGUUAAGCGUGCUCCGAGACACGUCACGAAAUUGUCAGCUUGUGUUUGAUUUGCGGUGUUUUUUUUAUUCAUGUCUAGUUAUAUGCGUAUAAUUUUCUUGGUGCCGAUAAAUAAAAAUGUUUUUCACAUUCCUGUUUUAGCGAUGAGCCAGUCAGCGAAGCGGCCCCUUUCCCGUUAGAUGCGCAGUUUAAUGUGUGCAGGAUUCCGUGGAAUCAAUUUGCUGUUAGCGUGUUGACGGUUUUUAAUAACAAAAAUAACGCAGAAAAUCUACUGAAAUUUUGUCGAUGAGUUUCAUGUUUAAAGAAUACCAGAGGUGCAUGUUGGCGCAGUAGUUAGUGAAGUAUUAUGCCUGAAUAUGAGUCCCAGUCACUCUCAACUGAUUUGCAUUUGGUGUUACAGGACACAGAGUGGCGACCCGUAGAAAUAGAAGUUGGCCCGCUGUGAGCAGCAACCCGUCCAGUGAUGGUCCUUGACAUGUGCCAAAUGUUGCUGGAGUAGGGCCCCCUUUAUCCUAUACAAAUAUGAUGCAAAAUGUAGAUGACUGCCCAUAAAUCUAAUGUGUCUAUAAAGAAGUCGCUCAGAAUAUGGCGUUUGCACUUAAAAUUCUGAACUGUGAUUGAGUGGGGUGGUUGCAAAAAUCUACCUUCUACCAUAAAAAGCAUUCUAGCAAAAGGUAAAAGCAAGUCAAUGUUUUCUUAAUUUAGUGUAUAUCAGAUGAAGAUUCAACCUGGAGCAUUUUAUAGCGCCCACAAGAAGAUGCGUUACCAGCUUUUAAUACUGGUCCACUGUGAGAGCGAUGUAUAAAUAUACAGCCUCAGACAAGCAAAGGAAAAACUCGGCCGAGUACGCUAAUCAGUAUUCCGUUUUGACAUAUCGUCUUUUGUGUCGUGCAAUAAGUCAGCUCUCUUUACAAAUCAUUUAACUAAAUAAUAUUCUUGAGAAAAGUCAAUUUACAUAAUAAGGGGUGCAUAUGCUGUAAAGAUGAAUUAAUGGAGGUGGAAAUAUUGUUAAGGAAAUUUUUACAAAGACUGAAUAUACUGCACUGGCUCAUUUACAAAAUUCAAUAUAAUUCAAGAAACGAGGUUCUGUCCCACUGUAGGUCCGUUUUAUACACUGAACGUCUUUGCCGAGUGGCGCUACAUAAAGCCCCUAAUGCAGUGUUUCCCAGCCUCGGACUCGAGGACCCCCUGUGGCUGCAGGUUUUUGUUCCAAUCAGCUUCUGUUUUUA